AUGUCAACACUCACGAAUGGCGUCUCCUCCCAUCGCGCGGACAGCGACAAUGCCGCCAACGGCGUGCACGGCGCUGCGGCCCGACCCAGCAGUGGCAGCAACAGUACCAUUUACGCAGCCUCGAGCGUCACCGAGGUGCGCGCCGCCCUCGAAGCUCUCCACGCCCGCGAGUCGACGAUAACAAGCCGCCUUGACGCACUCCUCGGCUCCCAGGCCGAUCUUGCUCGCGAGUUGGGCCGUCUGGACUUGCUGCGCGCGGGGCUUGGGAGUCAGGUCAUUGCCGCGCGGUCCGUUGGCAACGACAUGCUUUCCACGGCGGCGGACACGGCCGGACGGCUGAGCAACAAGGUGAAGGAGUUGGAUUUGGAAAAGAGCCGGGUCGAGGAUACGCUCGAGGUCGUCAACCAGGUUGUCGAGCUCAAGGCUUGCGUGCAAGGUGUCGUGGGGAGCAUGGGUGCCCCGCAGGACUGGGAAGCUGCUGCAGCGUACCUUGCGCGAGCGACGCAGGUGCCAGAAGACAUCACCAAGGGCAAGUUUGCCUCGUCGAUUGUUCCGUCCGUCGAGGUGCCUGACCCUCCAUGGACGACGCUCGAGAAUGCCAAGGAGAGCCUGUGUGGGCUGUUCCUGAGGGAGUUUGAAAAAGCGACCAAAGAGGGAGACGGUGCCAAGGUUACCCGGUUCUUCAAGCUCUUCCCUCUCAUUGGCAGAGGGGACGUUGGACUGGAUGUCUACGGACGGUAUGUCUGCCAGGGCGUGGCUGGCACUGCACGAUCCGUGUUGAAGGAGAGCCCCGGGGUCCAGGCGAGAAAGGAAGGCUUCUUCUAUGCCAAUGCCCUCACCAGACUGUUUGAUCAUAUUGCACGGAUCGUGGAGGGCCACGGGGGCCUUGUCGAACGACAUUACGGCUCUGGCAAAAUGGUCCGCGUUAUCGAGCGGUUACAACAGGAGGCAGACGUGCAGGGUGGCAUCAUCCUCGACUCCUGGAGCGACGAGCGCGAUGUCGAUAGACGGCUGAAAGAUGUCAAGAGCUAUCCCUUUUCGUUUUUAGUCCAGAGUUUCUUGCCGCAGCAGAGGAGCGGGACGCCGCGGGUCAAUUCGCCUGCGAUGGGUGCCGGGGCGAAUCAACGCGAUAGCGAGGAUGAGGGCGUUAACAUGAAAGAGGUGGACGGCCUUCUUAGUGAGAUCGCCAUCAUGCUUGGACGGUGGUCUCUCUACUCUCGGUUUCUGGCAGGAAAGACUCGGAAUCCCUCGUCAUCCGAAGACGCUCCACUAUCCGUGCCGGAUGUUGUUGUCAAGUCCAACCUCAAAAAGAAGGUUUCUGACAAGCUCACGUCCCCGUAUAACACCAUGAUGACCUUCUUCUUCCGACGGUCAGUUGAGAAGGCGUUUCAGCUGGACGAGUCGCCGAGCGGGUUGUCUCUCAGCAUGAACAAGCACAUCGACACAAACCAGCCGUUCAUUAUCUCUGCGGUGGACGACGUCAUGUACGUCGUCAGUGCCGUUAUCCAAAAAUCAAUAUCAACGUCGCAAAGAGAUGUCAUUGCGUCUGUGAUUCCCACCAUCGGCCGGGUUCUCAGCUCUGAUUUCGUCGGCAUGAUUCAGCGAAAGAUGCGCGACGAGUCGUACCCCAAACCUAUUGUACAAGGAGGGUUCCCGCCAGAGGACAAGAUCAUUCAGUUCAUCGUCCUGAUUAAUAGUCUCGACACCGCUAAUGAGUAUCUCGGGCGCAUCAUUACGAGCAACGUCGGGAGCACGAACGAUGCAUCAAAGACAAAUGGCGAGGCAUAUGAAUCGUCACUUAAAGAUACAUUUCCCUUCGAAAAGGACGUUGCGUUCGUGGCUUCCGCCCUCAACACCUUGCACAGCUCCUUCACUACCAAGUCGACUGAGCUCCUCAACGAAGGCCUUCAGGUACUCUUUAAGCAGGUCGUUCAGCCGCGUCUUCGACCGGUGAUUGCCGAAACCUUCCGCGAUGUAGAUUACUCCCUGUCUGAAGAGGAGCUAGCCGAAUUUGCACAACAGAACGACGAGGAUGAAGAAGAGAUGCUCGAUCAGGUAUCACGGCGGUUCGAGCACGGCUGGGACCAACUCAUGAAGCCCAUCUCGCGACUCUUGACUGCUCACACGUUCACAGUCCUGCAUGACUUGACAGCGCGCUAUCUCUCGCGUGUACUUGAGCGUAGAGUAUGGGACGCCCGGGCCAACGCCUAUGGUGUCAUCCGCAUGGCGCGCGACUUUUCCAGCAUUGUCAGCACGGUAUCCAAGGGUAAUUACGGCGUCAGGGAGCUGUUUGCCAGAGUGUCGCAGAUACUGAUGGUGGCCAACAUGGAGGAAGAAGAGUGGGAGGAGAUUUCGGUCCAGCCUGACGAUGAGGAGGACGGUAUGAUCUGGGUACUGACCGAGGACGAGCGGCGGCGGGCCAGGCACCUGACGUCCAGAGAGCGUAGAGGGUGA